GUCCCCACUCGGUUGCCCGUUCAACGUUCCAAGAUCCCCUUUUUCGUUAUUCUGGAAACCGGCAGCAGAGUAAUACACGCACACAGACAGAGACAGAAAGAGGGAGAAAGAGAGAGAGGAGGAAAUGGGUGCUUUCUCGAAGCUGAUAGACGCAAUGCUGUUCCUGUUCUUCACGGUGGUCGCCGUCGUGGCGCCGCUCAUCGACGCCCAAACGUGCCUUCCGGCCGACCUCUUCCCCGACGUUCUCGUCCAACUCAAAGUCUGGUACAUACGCGAUUAUGGCGAUUAUUUGGUGGCUGAGAAGCCCAAUUUCUUCGUAGGUCUCGUGUGGCUCGAGCUGCUGUUCCAGUGGCCCCUCGCCCUGGCCAAUCUCUACGCCAUAUUGGCCUCCAAGUCUUGGUUCCCCACCACCUGUUUGAUCUAUGGCGUCUCCACAUUCACUUCCAUGGUUGCUAUAUUAGCAGAAAUGAUAAAUUCCGGCAGGGCUUCAGAUAAACUGUUGAUGAUGUACACCCCUUUCAUUGGCCUUGCCGUUUUAGCGAUUUUGCGAGGCCUAACACACUCUGGCAAGAUUGCGACAUCUGGCGGACAUAGAUUGAGUAAGAAAAAACGGGUUUGAGAUCUUUCAACUUUGGGGUUAAGUUUUGUAAUUCUUAGUCCCAUUUCAAGGCAUUUUGAUUCCAUCGGCAGUUGGCUGAGGUUCUUCAUGCACUCACUAAAAUUAAGUCUACUUUAUGAAUGAUCUUUGCUUUGGCCCA